GUUGGUGACAUCACACAUGUGACCUCACAAGGGAUUAGCUAUAUCUUUGCCUUUCUUAUAAUCAGGCACCAAAGAAGACAAGACAUUUCAAGGAUCAGAGGGAGGAUGAUCAGGAGCAGCCGAAUACAACAACAAACCAAGAAGAUUGGUUCUCAGCAAAACACCUAGGACAGGAUAAGGACAACAUUCAGCAAAGAGAAGUUGAAAGGGGUCAUCCAGGAUGAGAAAAUCAGAGCCGAUUUCUUCUAAAAACUGCCCCACCUCUGUCCUAAUGUUGUGUGUGAUAUCGCCGCUCAGUUCUUGGAAAGUGAAUGUGAGAAAACUUGUAAUACUACACACAACAUGAGGGCAGGUAUGGUGCUGUUUUUGGAAACAAAUAGCUCUGUUUUCUAUUCCCUUUAACAAACUCCUAGGAUCCAGCAACAUUCAUCAGAUGGACGGCACAGGUCUGGAGCAUCUUCGAACGUCCAUAACUAUGUGUGAACAGAAUGAGACCACCGUGACCCAAAUCUUCCUUCUCGGAUUCCAAAAUUUUUACAAUCUCAAAGCACUGAUUUUUACUCUUGUAUUAGUAGUUUACAUAGCCAUAGUGAUUGGAAAUCUGCUCAUUGUUCUCCUAGUGUCAACCAAUCGCAGUCUGCAGGUUCCCAUGUUCUACUUUUUGAAGCACUUGGCUCUUGUCGACCUUUUGUUCACGACCAACAUUGUACCCAAUAUGUUAUAUAUUAUACUCAUGGACGGUAGAAACAUUACCACAACUGAAUGCUUUGUACAAUACUAUUUUCACUGCAUUUCCAUAUACACCCAAUCCGUCAUUCUAUCUGUUAUGUCCUUAGAUAGAUAUAUGGCCAUCUGCCAACCUCUUCAUUACUCUUCCAUUAUGAACCCUAAGGUUUGUUUCCAUCUUGCUUUCUGGUCAUGGGCAGCUGGUUUCUUCCUCAUUCCAAGUGAAUUUCUUCUGAUAUUCCAGUUACAAUUCUGUGGUUCGAAUGUUAUUGACCACUUUUUUUGCGAUUUUGCCCAUUUUCUCAGCCUUUCAACCUUAUCCAACACCGAAAUAAUACGAUGGCAAGACUUUAUGAUUUCUGUUUUGCUUAUAUUUCUUCCAUUUUUGUUUGUCAUUGUGUCCUAUAUAUGCAUUUUUAUAACCAUCCUGAAGAUCUCUACAGCGGCUGAAAAAAAAAAGGCUUUCUCUACUUGUAGCACCCAUCUGGCUACUGUCAGCACCCACUACGGGGCUUUGGUCACGAUAUAUAUUAUUACGGCAAGAGGUAAUUCUCUUCAUGAGAAUAAAUUUAGGUCUCUGUUAUACACAAUCAUAACACCAUUUAUUAAUCCCAUGUUAUACAGCAUGAGAAACCAAGAAUUUAGAAGAGCGUUAAAGAAAUUACCUUACCUGAAGAGAUAGCAACUAAAUAUAUGUUUUAUCAAAAUCUUGAGAAAUGUUUAAUAA